CCGGACGGCGGUGGGGGCUGCCGUGAGCCGGCAGAGGUGGAGGAGGAGGCGCGGCCGCCCCGGGAGGGCCCGCCGGGGUUUGGGUGCAGUGUCAGAAGUUUUAUAUGGGUCAGUGGAACUUGCUCAAGAGUGAACAGUGGAAAUCAACAUUAAGUCUGUUCCUGUGGGAUGAGUGCACAAUUUGUACCAUCCUCUCUGAGGUGCUGUGUGCAAGCCAGCAGGAGAAGCCAGAACACCUUCCUUCCUGUGAUGUAGCUACAUAAGGCUGAAUUGCAGGCUUGAGAAUCUGGAUCCAACCCACACUGUCGGUGUUUCCUUGCUCCUUAUGGUGUAGCUGGAUUGUUCCUGAGAAAAGAGAAGAUGAUGAGUGAUGCAAGUGACAUGCUUGCUGCAGCUCUGGAGCAGAUGGAUGGCAUUAUUGCAGGUUCAAAGGCACUGGAGUAUUCCAAUGGCAUCUUUGACUGCCAGUCUCCCACCUCCCCCUUCAUGGGGAGCCUGCGAGCACUGCAUCUGGUGGAGGACUUGCGGGGCUUGCUGGAGAUGAUGGAAGCAGACGAGAGAGAGGGGCUGCGCUGCCAGAUCCCAGACUCUACAGCAGAGACUCUGAUCGAAUGGCUCCAAAGUCAAAUGAGUAAUGGACACAUAUCUGGGAAUGGAGAUGUGUACCAAGAAAGACUGGCUCGUCUGGAAAAUGAUAAGGAAUCUCUUGUUCUGCAAGUAAGUGUGCUUACAGACCAGGUGGAGGCCCAAGGAGAAAAGAUUCGAGAUCUGGAGUUCUGUCUAGAGGAGCACAGGGAGAAGCUGAAUGCCACAGAAGAGAUGCUGCAGCAGGAACUUUUAAGCAGAACAACCCUUGAAACUCAGAAGUUGGAUCUUAUGGCAGAGAUUUCCACUCUGAAGCUAAAGCUUACAUCCGUAGAGAAGGAUAGAUUGGACUAUGAGGACAGAUUCAGAGACACAGAGGAUUUGAUCCAGGAAAUAAAUGAAUUGCGGUUAAGAGUCGGAGAAAUGGACAAUGAAAGACUCCAGUAUGAGAAAAAACUGAAAACUACCAAAGAUGAGCUAGCAGCUUUGAAAGACAAACUAGAGCAGAAGGAAACUGAGGUUAAAAGAUUGCAAGAAAAAUUGGUUUGCAAGCUGAAAGGAGAAGGAAUCGAAAUACUGGACAGAGAUGAAAAUUGUAGAAAGAAGCUCAAAGAUAAAAAUAUAGAGGUACAGAAAAUGAAGAAGGCGGUAGAAUCUCUAAUGGCAGCAAAUGAAGAGAAGGAUCGGAAGAUAGAAGAGCUUCGGCAAUCUCUGAACAGGUACAAGAAAGUUCAGGACAUGGUGAUACUGGCUCAAGGUAAAAAAGGCAAGGAAAGUGAUAAUGAAGACUUCUUGAACUCAGGGUCUGUUUCCACAGUUUUAUUGGACACACCAAGUCUGACUGACCCAGAAAAAAGCCCAUCUCCAAGUCCAGUAAUAGCAUCUCCAAUCCAAGAUGAGUUUAAUGCGAAUAGUCAUGAAGAGAAUUCCUUACAGAUCCACACCAGUAUUUUACAGAUUUCAAUGCCUUCUUUUUCGUCAAUGUCCAAGAGCUCAGAAACUGUUGCAGAGAAAGUGAAAACACAGCCUAGGCCAGAUCCUGCAAGUGAAAUGAGUGAAGGAAAAUCAACAGGUUCCUCCCCAGAAACUCAGCUGUGUGAUAGUCCAGUAACUUCUCCACUGCAGAAGUCCAGCAGUCUGAGCAGUUUGAGAAAAGAGACAUCUGAAGUGGACAGAGACCCUGCACAGAAGCCAGCAGAGGUUAAACCUCCUGUGGAAGGUAAUAAUUUUGCAACGCUCCCUCCAAAGUCUCCUUCUCAUGGUGGCACAGGUGAAGAGGAUACUUUUGGUACCCGCAAAGCCAGAUCUUCAUUUGGACGAGGCUUUUUCAAAAUAAAAAAUAACAAGAGGACUGCAAGUGCCCCCAAUCUGGAUCGCAGUCGAAGUGCAAGUGCACCUACUUUAGCUGAAACGGAGAAGGGAUCUGCAGAUCACUUGGAUCUGGCUGGCUUGCCCCCGCGCUCAAAAGAAACUGAUGGUCUACAGAUGAUGCCACCUUCUCCAGAUUCCAAGAAAAAGGCCAGGGGUAUCAAGAAGUUGUUUGGCAAACUUAAAAGAAGCCAGUCUACCACCUUCAACCCAGAUGACAUGUCCGAGACAGAGUUCAAAAGAGGAGGGACAAGAGCGACGGCAGGGCCACGGCUGGGCUGGUCCCGAGACCUGGGGCAGUCUCACAAUGAGCUGGACAUGCCAUUUGCAAAGUGGACGAAGGAGCAGGUUUGCAACUGGCUCCAAGAUCAAGGGCUGGGCUCUUACAUUAAUAAUGGCAAACACUGGAUACUGUCUGGGCAAACACUUCUGCAGGCUUCUCAGCAGGAUCUGGAAAAGGAGCUUGGAAUAAAACACCCAUUGCAUCGAAAGAAGCUGCAGCUUGCCCUACAGGCACUUGGGUCUGAAGAGGAAAACAAUCAUGGAAAACUGGAUUACCACUGGGUUACCAGGUGGUUGGAUGACAUUGGCCUCCCCCAGUAUAAGACCCAGUUUGAUGAAGGGAAGGUGGACGGCCGAAUGCUCCAUUAUAUGAGCGUGGAUGACUUGCUGUCUUUGAAAGUUGUCAGUGUUCUCCACCACCUCAGCAUCAAAAGAGCCAUUCAGGUUUUGAGGAUAAAUAACUUUGAGCCCAACUGCCUGCGCAGGAGGCCAUCUGAUGAGAAUAAUGUCACAGCUUCUGAGGUGACCCAGUGGACCAAUCAUCGUGUGAUGGAGUGGUUGCGCUCCGUUGAUCUGGCAGAAUAUGCACCCAACCUGCGGGGGAGCGGGGUGCACGGGGGACUGAUGGUUUUGGAGCCCCGUUUCAAUGUAGAAACCAUGGCCCAGUUGCUGAACAUCCCACCAAACAAGACUCUGCUGAGACGGCACUUGGCCACCCAUUUCAACCUCCUCAUUGGGCAGGAGGCUCAGCAGCAGAAACGCGAAGCCAUGGAGUCCCCAGAUUACGUCCUCUUAACAGCAACUGCCAAAGUCAAGCCAAAGAAACUUACCUUCAGCAAUUUUGGGAGCUUGAGGAAGAAGAAGCAAGAUGAUGUGGAAGAGUAUGUGUGUCCUAUGGAGCUGGGACGGGUAUCUGGAAGUGGGUCAAAGAAGGGUUUUAAGCCUGGCCUGGAUAUCCGAGUAUACGAUGAUGAUGAUCUGGACAGGCUGGAGCAGAUGGAAGACUCAGAAGGGACAGUGAGGCAAAUAGGAGCAUUUUCUGAAGGCAUCAACAACUUGACACACAUGUUGAAAGAAGAUGAAAUGUUUAAAGACUUUGCAACUCGGUCUCCUAGCACCAGUAUAACAGAUGAGGACUCCAACGUGUGAUGGUAACCACCAGGCACUGACAAAGGGUCAUUUUCCUGUGUGCAAGAAACAUCAUCGUUAUAUGUGAGCAGCAGAUCAUGUACAUUGCAUUGCUCUUGCUUCUGUUUCUUGGAAGUAACACUGGGAGAUGGAGAAUUCAAAGAAUAAAAAAAAGAGGGGGAAAAAAAGGUGCCUACUCUAAAGUUGCCAUAAGAAACACCCCAGACACUGGUGAAUGGUAAUUGUUUUUACUAUAUUUAAUGUACAAACUGGUGAUAUGUUUCAGAGUGUUGCAUUUAAAUUUACAUGGUAUGAUAGUGUUCCUUUUGCUUAUUCAUGGCCUCAGCUAAUCCUUUAUACUGUUUCAAAAUAAUGUUAGGUGGAAGUAUUGCAUCUGUAGAUAUUGUGCACCAGCUUUCUCUAGGUUCUCAGCUGAAAAAAAGAUGUUACUGCUCUUUUUCAAGUGCAUUUGUUUGGCAUAAAUACAAGUUCUGCCCUUCCUGUGGUAUCCAGUGUAGGAUUUUAGUCAUUCAUGCCCUGCAUAAACUCCCCAGUAUCUCUUGACUGUUGCUCUUAUUUUUAUACUGUUUUAUAUAUAAAAAAGAAAGAAAAAGAAAAAAAAAGUAUAUGAAGUACAUAUAAAAGCAAAAAUUUAAAUUUUGUGACAUGGAGUGAUGGCAAGUAUGAGGUGUGGGGGAAGGGAGGAGAGGAUUGUAAAAAAAAAAUGCCAGUUUGCAUACCAGCUGGUUACUGGAAAAGGCAGGCUGACCUUUGGAAGUGUUUGCUUUUGUUGCUUUUUACUAAGUGCACAGUUUAAUGAUCUUCCAUGUGGGAUUCAGCAAUUAUAAAGCAUGUUCUUCUAAGCAGUGACUUGUAUGGAAACUGCACAUUUCUAAAAUGUCAUUUUUCUUGUUCCCAGCAGCAGUAGCUAUAGCAUUCAAAUAAAGUUAUUAACUCUUUGAUAACUUUAAAAACUUCCUUAAAAUUGAGAGUACUCCCUGCAUAUGGAAGGGAUAUUUCUGUGCUGUUACUAACGUAAAGAUGAGGUAGUUAAAAAAAAAAAGUUAUAUUGAGAAAUGUAUAGGAAAUAUAUUAUUUCAUAAUAUUAAACCUAAGGUGGGGCUUUCCCUCUGAGAUGCAAAUAUCAAAUGUUGCUAUCCUUUUACUUUCUCAAAGCACAGCUCCUCUGUUUUUGAAGAGCAUCAGAUUUUAAAAAUCCUAACUAGCCAGUGGAAACCUUUUGUCAGACUUUUGGCAUUAUGAAAUGUCCUAGCUUAAGCAAACAGAAGAAGUAACUCUAUUACAGUGGUCAUUUGUAUGGUGUUGAAUGUUGCAUGUAUUUUAGCACAGUGGCAUGAAGUUUCUCUGCUUUGUAAAGGAAAAAAAAAAGAAACCAAACAAAAGGCUGGAAUUGUUCCUUGCAGUGAUGUGUUGCUUUACCAAGUACUUGUCCCUCGUUUCAUCUCUCUCCUGGCUGGAAGUGAGACUGUUUCCAGCAUGUUACUGGUGUGGUGUGAAGGCUUUGCAUUACCUUUGUGUGGGUACUUCUGAAAUGCUAUUAAGAAAGCUAUCAAAGGAAGAGUGAUUCUUUCAGGGGCUUCUAGGGAGCUCCCAUCAGAUGUUGGGGGUAGAUUGGAGACAUAUUCUAGCUUUGUAUUUAUUGUCAUCUGAUAGGCUAUUAUCAGCCUGCUUCUUUAAAGGGUAUGCAGUGUAGGGUUUUACUUAUGCACCAGGAUGAAAAAUUCAGUGUUGACCAGUUGUGUUAUGCAUAAUAUAAAGCAUUGCCAUUUAGUUUUUAGUAACUGGAGCCAGGCAGACAAUCCAUAACCUAUACAUAAAAUGUUUUGUGCUGCUUGCCAGGAUGUCUACAAACAGAUCAGAACUGAUGUUUUAUUCAGUAUUCCUGACUUAUUCCUGUCUGCAAUUGGCUAUCUGUGUUUUCUUCCUCUGCAGUUUGGGUUGAGCUAUUUUGUUCAAGCAAAAAUACCACAUUGUGUUUACUUCUGCUGUCAACUUUAGGGUGCAGAUGCUUGGGAUGUGAAUUCAGGGAUGUGAACUCCCUUUCUGUGAAUACUCUGAAAUAGUGUUAUUAUUGACACAGAAGUUGAGCUUCAGACCCUGCUCCCCCAAAUGCAGCGGAGGCACUGGGAAGAUGUGGUGAAGCUUCUGAGCAAAAUUAUUCCUUCAGAUUUGUUCUCACUAGACCCUGGCUAGUGAACAUGAUUGGAUAAUCAGAGGGAUAAAAAAAAAGGGGAGAGGUCUAGUGACACAAAAUUAUGUGUUGAAACAGACACAAACACUGUCAGAUUUCUCUUCAGCCUGGUGCUUUUAGCAAGCUUAUCAACAACAACAGAUGAUGGUUUAUUUAAUUACUAUGUAAGCAGCCCUUUCUGCAUUUACAGUUUGGAAGCCAGGUCAUCCCCUCAAAGCUGCCUGUCAUCUGAACCUUGGUAGUUUCAGAUUUUAUGGGGGUGGAAUAUGAAAGCAAGUGAUAAAGUCAGGAAGUUUAUGUGCACAUGUGCACACAAUUGAUACUGUUGGGAGUAUUUUAAUUUCUGCGUGUUUGAAGAGGGCAAUGUGACUACUGUGUACUGACAUGUAAAACCCAAUAAAGUCUGUGGAAAAUGCC